AUGAAAGCAGCAGAAAUCAAAGCGUAUCUUGAAGAGAAAUAUGCAUUUCUCAGCGGAGCUAUUGAUAAAAAAGGUUACCUGAUCGUAACAUUUCCAAGUUCAGCAGCAAUUGAAAAACUAUCAGCAGAAGAAUUAAAGAAAUUAAUCAUCUAUCUCGCAUCGAUAAACUCUUCCAAUGGCGACCCAAGAUUUACAUUUAUUGUUGAUAUGCGUCAACGAACAUGGGAGAAUUGUAAACAUAUUUUCAAAGUUCUACAAGAACAAUUUCCAUAUAAGAUAGAACACGUGUAUAUUGUUAAACCAGAUGGAUUUUGGGAUAAACAUAAAAUCUCUCUCGGAAUGUCCAAAUACACAUUUGAUCAUUCGGUUGAAUCUGUCGACAGUUUAUCUCAUGCAAUUGAUCGUCAUCAGUUAACACCUGAUCUGAAUGGUACAUUCCAGUACAACCAUCAUCGAUGGUUGGAUUUUCGUUUAAAACUGGAAACAUUUGUCUUUAAUUCCAAAGAAACUCUACAUACAUACGAACUGCUUUACAACGAACUUCAACAAAUUGAUCAAGUGAAUAAUGUUGCGCGAGCACAAGAAGCAAUCGAAACUCACAUGACGGUUUUCAAAGAUCAACUAUCACGUGUAAACAUCGAACCAUUGAUCAACGACGGGCAACAUCUACUGAAUAUGCUGCGAGGAAAUCCAGAUAAUGACAAUUCGAUGAUGAAAUCUCAACAACAACGGACUUACCCAUUCGAUUAUUUUGACGAAGCGCGGAAGAUCUCUUUGGUGAUGGAUAAUCUUCGUUCAGCAAAAGAGCGAUGUUUUCAACUAUGGCAUCAGAAAAAGAACCGAUUGGAACAAAGCUUACAACUGAAGUUAUUUGAACAAGAUUGCGAUCGUUUAUGUUCAUGGAUUGCAAACAGUCGGUCAAUACUGGCACCGAAAUAUACUGAAAUCGGUUCGAGUUGUUCCGAAGCUAUGCAACUAUUAGCGGAACAUGAACAAUUUGCUAAAGUCUGUCUGGGAAAUGAAACCGUUAUUCGUCGAACUCAAAAUGUCGGUGAUCGACUUAUAUCGAGUGGACAUUAUGCGACCAAUGCGAUUAAAACUCAAAUGAACCGUUUAAAUGACGAAUGGUUAUCCUUAGCCCGAUUGUUAGAUAAUCGAACAAAUAUUCUCACUGCCUCGCUUCAGUUUCAUCAAAAAGCUGAUGAAUAUUUGGUGCAAGUACCAACAUGGAAACAUCUCUGUUCGUUAACUGAUGACUUGACAGCCAUUGAAAGUAUGGAACAUCUUGAGCGUUUACUUCAACAACAUUUUAAUCUAUCGGAAAAUAUCUCAAGAAUAUAUGCUCAGAUUUGUAACGAUGGUAAAGCAAUCAUUGAUUCGGUUGCACCAUCUCAACAAGCUACGACUGAGCAUCAAUUUGAUUUUCGUGCCGGUGCAAAACAUAUUCUCGAAAUCGUUCAAGAAAUUUUGGUAAAUCAUCGUUAUCUUGACGCGAAAUGGAACCAACGAAAAGUAUUUCUUCAACAACGACUUAGUUUUGUUGCAUUUGCAAAUGACGUUCAACAGAUCCUUGACUGGAUUGAAAAACACGGUGAUGCUUUUCUGCAGAAGAAUUUAGCAGUUGGGAUAGGUAAAUCCUUUCGACAAGCGAAGAAACUCGAUAAAAUGCAUACUGACUUUGAAAUGGCCAUCAAAAAUACGAAAACCAACGCAGAGAAUUUGAUUGCUGCUGCUGAUAACAUGUACAACGAACAAAUUCAACAACAAAAACAAUCGCAGUCGAAUAACAACACGAAUUCGAACAGCGAUGAGACUAAUGGUGACAAACAAUUAAAUCAAGGUCGAGCGAAGAUUUAUCAAUUAGCACACGAUCUUGAACGUCGUAUGCGUGAAUUUGACGAACGUGUUGCUCGUCGUCGAUAUAUUCUCGAUGUGAAUCUCAAUUUUCAUACGCACUGUGAAGAGUACUCAGAUUGGUUGGCACAAGUUGAACUUGUUUGGUCAACAACAGCAGGUGAUGAUGAUGACAAUGAAACAAUUGCUGCCAAUUGUGAAGAGAUGCUUGAGGCUUUGAUCGAACAACACGAAGGAGCAAUGGAAGCAUGUGCAACAAUUGAACAAGAAGGACAAAUUCUAUUAGAUUAUCUCACCGAAGUUCAAUCCAUGAUCACACCGACCGAUACGACACCUUCACCUCAAUAUACUCAUCUAAUGAGUUUAAUUGAGUCGAUUCGAAAGAAAACAAAUGAACUUGAAACGAUUUGGGGGAAACGUCGUUUACGUGUCGAAUUAUUUGUACAAAUUAAACAUUUCGAAAUGUAUUCACGCGAGGUAUCGCAUUUGCUCGACGUUUGGUCACACGAAUUGGUCAAAAUGCAGCAGCAGCAACAGCAGCAACAACAACAAGCACAGUCGCAACCGCAAUCGCCCAAUUCGGUUAGUUCAGUCAUCAUUCCGCCCGCUUUGCCCUUAGCUUUACAAACGCUUAUCAAUGGCGGUGCGUCAUCUACACGACAUCGAUCUCAUCAUCACAGUACCGAUCGCACAACUGGAAAAGUCGAUGAUUGGGCACAAGUACAAGAACACAUUCAUACUCGUGUCGCACAAGUUGUACAACGCGGCAGAGAUAUUCUCAAUUUAAUGGAAAGAUCGAAUGAAAUGAAAGUAAAAACUGAUCAACCAUCGUCGAUCAGUUCGGACACAUCGAAUAGUUCAAAUUCUUCUCAACAACAAUCAUCAAUACCGUCUGCUGAUCAGAUUCGUAAUUUACUUCUUGUCAUGAGUGAUCGCGAACAAAAAUUAUCCGAACUUGCUACUCAGCAACAGAAACUUAUCUUAUGGCGAGUACAAUUCAUACGACUGGAACGAGAAUGGACCGAAAUCAAAAAUAUGAUCAAUAAUUUUGAAAUCAAACUCGCGUCGAACCUAACGUUAGCUAUAAGUUUAAGUGAUGCUGAAAAGUUUCAUCGCGAUCACGAAGAUAUCAAACCAUUUGUUGACAGAAUAUGCGAACGCAUCGAUACUCUUCAACGUAAAACAGAAAAGCUAUGUACAUUAAUCUCCAGCAAUGAUCCACCAUCGGGUCCUGCCGAAUUAAUUAAUACGUUGAUAUCUGCUCGACAGAAAGUUCAGUUACAAUUCGAAGAUCGUCUACGAUUGAUCAAUGCUCAGAUUAUAUUCUACAAAUCAUCUGAACAAGUCUCACAAAUGUUGGAUACACUCGAACGAGAAUAUCGAACAAUUGAAGAUAUUCAUGAAAAAUUGAAAAUUUAUACAGAUGACGAAAUACAGAAGAUUCUAGUCGAUCGUUUAGAACAAUUAGACGAGAACAAACAUAGUUUUCUACGAGCAUGUACAGUGGCACGUCAAAAAUCAGAUUUAUUCCAUAAAUAUGCGCUCCGUAAUGCUGCCAAUCUAAUCAAACCUGAUGCCUACUUAAAACCGCUCGAACAGAAAAUCAAAAAUGUCUCUUCUAUAUUAAAAAGUAAAGAAGAUACCGUUUUAAAUGCUUGGCAUCAUCGAAAGAAGAUUAUCGAUGAAUAUUUACAAUAUAUUUCAUUCAAACGCAACACCGACAAAGUUUUUGUAUGGAUUGACGAACACGACGAAUGUUUUGUUUCCAAACUGGAAGAAUUGGAUAUAAAUGAUGAAGGAUACAUGGAUUUCGUUCGAGCACUUAAGGAAAAGAAGAUCAUGGUCCGAAAAUUAGUCGAGCGUGCUGAUGUGCUCGUUGAACGUUCACAUUCGUUUGCACCAUUGAUUAAAGACACAUGCAAUCGACUGGAUUCGGGUUUUAAUGAUUUCUUUCAAAAGAUUAUGAGAAUUAAUAAUAAAGAGGAAAUUGAUAAAGAAGCUGGACGAAAGAGUGAUUCAAGUUUGGAAGAAAAACUAGAACAACAAGAAUUGAAUGAAGGCAAAAGAAAAGCUGCGAAACAACGAGAGUUGAUCUUUAAUGAAUUACUCAAUACCGAACGUGCUUAUGUCGAUAGUUUAAGUAAAUGCAUUCAGUAUUAUCUUGGUGAAAUGCGACAACAUCCAGAAGAGGUUCCAGAGUUAGUUCGAAACAAAGAAUCGAUUUUAUUUUUAAACAUUGAAGAGAUUCAUAAUUUUCACAAAAAUUUAUUUAUCAAAGACUUAGAGCGGUAUGCAGAUAGUCCAGAAGAUGUUGGUCAUUGUUUUGUCACAUGGGCAAAACAAUUUCAUAUUUACUAUGUCGAAUAUUGUAAAAACAAUGAAUCAUGUAUAAAAUUAUUAACACAAUAUCGUGGACCGUAUUUCGAGACGAUUCAACACAAAUAUCAAAUUGAUACAAUCAAUUCAUAUUUAAUCAAACCUGUGCAACGUAUUACUAAAUAUGAAUUAUUACUUCAGCGUUUAAUGUCGUGCUGUGAAGAAUCUAAAGGUGAAGUCAAAGAAGGUUAUGAUCUUAUGUGUAGUGUACCGAAAAAGGCUAAUGAUGCCAUGCAUUUAAGUUAUCUGGAAGAACUUGAGCCUGGAUUAACAAAAGAAGCAUUAGGUGAUGUCCUCCUCCAAAAUGCCUUUCAAAUUUGGGAUUCGAAACAGAUUAUUAAAAAGGGCAAAGAACGACAUGUUUUCCUCUUCGAAACCAGUAUUGUCAUUGCCAAAAUUGUCAAACCAAUGGCGCGUGGAGCGAUUCGAUAUAUUUACAAAUACAAAUUAAUGACUGCGGAAAUUUUCGAUGUCAAAGAACAUUUAGAAGCUGGCGAACCAUGUAAAUUUGCAUUGUAUACAGGUCGGCCAAUGUCUUCUCAUGCGGGUGAUCUUCGAGUGACGCUAAAGGCAAAUGAUCUCAAUACAAAACAACAGUGGGUUAUUCGGAUACGCGAACUCAUUCAAGAGAAUGAUCUUUAUCAUGAUUUAACAAUGCAUGAAAGCAACGCUAAGCCAACAACAACACCAAAUAAAAUUCCUAAUCCGAUUAGUAACAAUAACAAUGCUAAUAAUACUUCAUCGGAUCGGCGAUCGCAAGAAAUAGCUGAUAAUAUUUCGGAUGAUUAUGAACAUAUUAGCCGUGGCGGAUCACUAUCAAGUAUGACAACUGCCUCAUUCUCUAGUAGUGGACAACAUCAUCAAAUUCAACAGGUAGGAGAAAUAUAA